CCGGUUGCCCCGCCAACACAACUCCUCUGUAGCCGCGGCGGGGUGUGGGCGUGUCCGUCCUCCACGCUCAUUGGUUUAGAAGCCGAGCACAACAACGCUGAUUAGCUGGAGUCAAAUGACGUCAACACACACCGCGGCUUCUGAUUGGCUGGAGCGAGCCAGAUGCAGGAGAGCGCCAGAAAACAAGCUUGAGCGGGUGAUGUCUCCACACAGAGGACAGCAGAGGACAGAAGACAGAGGACAGGAGGAGGGACAGGCUGUUUUAACGAAGGAAACUUAGUGGCUAUGUUAGUUUGAAGACACACGGAGCUAUAUAGGGUCAUUUCAAGUCAUUUAAGAGCAGAGAAAGGUGAGAUAAAGAUGGAAGUUGAAUGUCUGGCACUGAAAGACCUCACAAGUCCCAGGAAAAGUUUCACUGUGAAGGAGGAGGAGGAAGAAGAGGAGGAAGAUGGGGGCCAAAGUGAACAAAAGGAAAACAUCUGCACAGAGAGGAGAAGAUCCACGCCGCUGAAAUCUGCCGAGUCCCCCGUCCCCGUUUUGCUGAUGAGCAGAAAGGGCGGCACCCCCGACCUGGCCCACAUCACCCCCAUCAAACACACGGCCCUGGCCGAGCCCUGGACGCCCACCGCCAAUCUGAAGAUGCUGAUCAGCGCCGCGAGCCCGGACAUCCGGGACAGAGAGAUGAAGAAGGUUCUGUUCAGGCCUAUAGAGAACGAGAAUGACAAGCCGGCGAGUCCAGAUGCUGUGGCGGAGGAUACAGAGGUGGAAGACUCUUGUCAGUUUGAAGCCGCUGACGAAGAAGACGACGCCGACAAAAAGCCGAGCAGGAAGCAGAAGAGCCUCGGUCUGCUGUGCCAGAAGUUCCUGGCCCUCUACCCCGAUUAUCCGCCGCUUCACAGCCCCAUCUGGAUCUCUCUGGAUGAGGUGGCGACCAGUCUUGGAGUGGAGCGGCGGCGCAUCUACGACAUUGUCAACGUGCUGGAGUCUCUCAUGAUCGUGGGUCGGAUAGCCAAGAACAGCUACACCUGGUACGGCCGCCUGCGGCUGGAGGCCACGCUGGAGGAGCUGCAGCGGAGAGGGCGGCAGCAGGGCUACCACCUCCAGAUGGAUCUGCCCGCCGAGACCAGGGAGGCCGGACCGGGGCGCGAGGACGACGGAGCGGAAGGAGACGCCGGCAACGCCGGUGGCAACAGGAAAGACAAAUCCCUGCGCAUCAUGAGCCAGAAGUUCGUCAUGCUGUUCCUGGUGUCCAAAACUCAGACGGUUACUCUGGACGCGGCGGCGAAGAUCCUCAUCGAGGAGAGCCAGGACUCGUCGAGUCACAGCAAGUACAAAACUAAGGUGCGGCGACUGUACGACAUCGCAAAUGUGCUGACCAGCCUGGGCCUCAUAAAGAAGGUCCAUGUCCGAGAGGAGAGAGGCAGGAAGCCGGCCUUCAAGUGGCUCGGCCCCGUUGAGUUCAAAAGCUCGGCAAAUGCUGCUGUAGGAAAUACUGUGAACAUGGCGGCUGUCGCUCUGCCUGAAGCCACACAGCCAAUUGCAGGCCAGGACCUCAGAAGAGCCAAGAUGGCUCGGCACGCCUCUUUCAACAUCACGCCGACCUCUGUGGCCGUACGGCGGCUGGUCAACUCUGCACCCAGCAGUCCACGGCGAGACCUCACAGGUCUGCCAAACCAGCCGGUGGAUUAUUCCAAAAAGACGACGAGCAACAACGCAGUGUGUCGACUGCAGUUUGGAAACAGCUCAGAUAACCGUCCUGCCUUCAGCAGCGGCCCGCUGGCUCCGUCCUCCACCCAUCCCACCCUGCUGGCGCCAUCCCUCCACCCAGAGCACCUCUUCACUUCCUCCUCCUCCUCCUCCUCCUCUCGCCACUGCUUGGCCUACCUGCCCAGCCUGUCCCAGCCGUCGGUGGUCAUGCUGUACCAGGUGCCCGAAGGUCAGAGGUCGCCCAGGUUGGAGUCUGAGGAGGGGAGGAAGAGAAGGAGCGAAGAACAGGAAGAGGAGGGGACGGUGGUGAAGAAGAAGGGAACGUCUGGGUUAGAGGAAUGUGACGAGAUGAGAGCUGAACCUCGCGGUGAAGCAGCAGACUGUUCUCAGACGGGUAACACCAGGACCUCUCCCGGUCACCUAUCAGGCCUCUCCAGAGAGCGGCUGCUGGAUGAGAGUCUAGGUGGCAACAGCAGCAGCAGCGAGCCCGUCCAACCAUCACACUACCUCUACGUACCCAACAACGCAGGUCUGAAUAGCCUCAACUUCCUCCUCUCUGCCAGCCAGUCACCAGCCGGUCUCGCACUUCCUCCCAGCGGUGUUCCCACCCUGGCGCUGCCGUACGUCCUGCUGCCGUCCGCGGCCCUCUCCCACUACCCCCUGGUGGCCGGCGGUCUACAACAGCAAGUCUCCGAGGCCCACAACAAACUGAGCUUUAGCCUGCCAGCUGUGAUGUCACCACACACCCACUUUAUGGUGGGGGCGGCGCCGUACGGCCUGACGGCGGCAUCAGAGAUCAGCAGGUCCUCGGCUCCAUCGCCAUCCCCUCCAGAACAGAGCCGGCUGUACGGGUCGGGCAUUCCUCAUUCACCCUCAGGACCGCGUCAGACUGUCAGCAUCAACCCACCGGAACUGCUGACUCCACAUACUCCGAAGGAAACCACGCCAAAGUCCUCUAAGGCUUUCUUCCAGACGCCCGGCACGCUGGGAUGUGUCGUCGGCGCCGCGCCGGCUGCCCGAAAAAGAGGUUCGGCACAAAGGAGACUGGACGUCGGCCACCCGCCAACCAACCGGUUAGACAUGUGAGGAGACGGAUAGGCGUACUAUGCUGUUUUUAACACUUGAAGGUUAAAAAAUAUGGUUUCAAAGCAUUGGUGCUUUGUUUGGUUAUUAAUUAUUAAAUUAAAGGUUUCCUUCCAAAAUAUUAAUUUUAGCAAAAUACUGUUAAAAUAAACUCUUUCCUGUCCAGAUUUUACUGUUACAAUUUUUACCAUUUUCAAUGAAACUCUUCCGUUAUUGGUCCAAAAUGUGCCUAAUGGUUCAAUUAUGGGACACUUGAGAGUCAAUGAGUGAAGCAGUAUUGCCAGAGCCACAGUGCCCUCCUGUGGUGGGAGUCGGCCACUGCUGUAUUUUAUAUAUUCCAGCCUUAAUUUCCCCUCCCAGACGUGAUCAAGCUACCUUAAUUCCCCCCAAACAUUGUGUAUUAUAGUCCAAUUGCUAUUUAUACUUAAUAUAUGUUGAUUACAGGGACUGUAAUGGAAUAUGUUUUCUUUUAAGCACUAAGUUUCUGACAGAACGUCUGUCUUAAUGUUGAAGUGAAUGUCGUUAGUUUGCCCCCUCCUUCAGGUUUUGUGACAUUAUCAAGGUAUGAUAAGGAAUCAGCUGCUGAUCACCAGUUUUUUACAUCGACAGUCGCAGCAGACAAUCCGCUCUUGGCUCAUUUACUGUGAGGAGAAAAUCACUAAAGCCUUAACAUGUUUACAGCCAGCCAGGAAUCUCAAGGGACUUCAUGGUGCGUUCAAGUACUCGUCAGGAAGACAAAUGUUACCGGUGCUGUGUAUGUGCAACCUCAAUGGUUAAACA